AUGAGACGAAGCUCUUCAGCAUUCACAUCAUGGGGCGGCGGGGCCAUUCGCUCUGCGGCUUCAUCUUCAUUCUCGUCAGCGACCCUCGCCUCCUCUUCCGGCUCCCGCUUCAUCUCUUCCACCUCUUCUCCGUCUUCCCUUUCGACGCUACUCAAGGCUCAGCGAUCUUCGGCCAGCCCCUCGUCAUCGCUUCUCAAUCGAUCCCUCGCCACCAGGCCCAGCAUGGGCGGGCGAUUGCCAUUCGCAUCGGCAGAGGCCAACCCCUCCGCGGCGCGCACCGGCAGCAUCUAUGGAAGUGUGAAUGCCACAUCGCUCCUAGCUCCCCUCUCCGUGGCCGCUACUCGCGUAGCCGGAUUGGCCACAUCAUCGAGCAAGGUCGAGAGCGAGGAGGCCGAUGAGCCCUCGUCACGGAGUCGCCCCUCGGCCACGGCAUCUCCACCACCAGAUGCCCAGGCCGCCUUGCCAUCUUCGGCUGAAGCUGAAGCCAAGCCGAAGCUGGGCAAGAUCCGCACAUUCCUCAAGAAGUACGGCGCGGUGGGCGUGGUGACCUACUUCGGCCUCUACGGUGCGACGCUGGCCUCCUUCUACGGCGCCUACUCGAGCGGCCUCCUCUUCGCGGGCGACGUCGUGGGCCUCAUCGAGUUCCUUCAUCUUGGCGACUUCUUCGACGAGUCGCUACUCACGCCCAAGGUGGGCAACUUCGCUCUGGCCUGGGUCUCCACCAAGUUCACCGAGCCGCUCCGCUUCGCCAUCACCCUCGGCAUCACGCCGUCCAUCUCCCGCUGGUGGACGGGACACCACCAGCACAAGCUCGAAGCCAAGAGGGAGAGAGAAGAGCAGCAACAGAAGAAGGAGGAGGAAGAGGAAAACGCCAACAGCAGCACCAAGCACUGA